AUGGGCAGCACCAUGGACCCCCCCGGGGGCGGGUACCUGCACCUCGGCGCUGUGACGUCCCCCGUGGGCACGGCCCGCGUACUGCAGCUGGCCUUUGGCUGCACCACCUUCAGCUUGGUGGCCCACCGGGGCGGCUUCGCGGGCGUCCAGGGCACCUUCUGCGUGGCCGCUUGGGGCUUCUGCUUUGCCCUCUCGGGCCUCGUGGUGGCCUGUGAGUUCACCCGGCUCCACAGCUGCCUGCACCUCUCCUGGGGCAACUUCACGGCGGCCUUCGCCAUGCUGGCCACCCUGCUGUCGGCCACGGCCGCCGUUAUCUACCCGCUGUACUUCACCCGGCUGGAGUGCCCGCCCGAGCCCGCGGGCUGCGCCGCCCGGGACUUCCGCCUGGCAGCCAGCGUCUUCGCCGGGCUCCUCUUCCUGGCCUACGCCGCGGAGGUAGCCCUGACCCGGGCCCGGCCGGGCCAGGUGGCCAGCUACAUGGCCACGGUGUCAGGGCUCCUCAAGAUCGUCCAGGCCUUCGUGGCCUGCAUCAUCUUUGGGGCACUGGUCUACGACAGCCGCUACGGGCGCUACGUGGCCACCCAGUGGUGCGUGGCCGUCUACAGCCUGUGCUUCCUGGCCACGGUGGCCGUGGUGGUCCUGAGCGUGACGGGCCACACGGGGGGCCUGGGCUGCCCCUUCGACCGUCUGGUGGUGGUCUACACCUUCCUGGCCGUGCUCCUCUACCUCAGUGCCGCGGUCAUCUGGCCCGUCUUCUGUUUCGACCCCAAGUACGGUGAGCCCGGACGGCCCCCUGACUGCCCCAGAGGCGGCUGCUUCUGGGACAGCCAGCUGGUGGUGGCCACCUUCACCUACGUCAACCUGCUCCUCUACGUCGCCGACCUCGCCUACUCCCAGAGGAUCCGCUUCGUGCCCCCCCUGUAG